CUAAAGACGAAGUAUUUUCCUAUCAAUUUAUUUAUAUCUCAUGCCAAAAACUGAACUGCACGGCUAUCCAUUACGUUCGGAAAAUUGCUUGGUGAACUUAGAGUAUCAAUGCACUGAUUAUUAAUUCAAGACGUACGAUGGACGAUCCAUUCAAUGGCAAAUGCAUUAUAAAGUGCAACAAGAUAAUUGGCAGACAUUUGGUUGCAAAUAAAGAUAUUCAGGCAGGAGAAACGAUUUUAAAAGAGGAGCCGAUUAUUGUGUCACCUCUGUGGCAUUCAGAACCACGUUGUGCCAAUUGUUACCGGGAAACAUCUACAAUCUGCAAAACUUGCACCAUAUUUCCUUUAUGUUCCCAGUGUUCUUCACAUGAUCAGUUCGAUUGCACAUUUAUUAAAAAUCAAGAACUACCAGUCAAUUUUCUAGUGGAAAAUUUUGCUGUUUUUGCACCCUUAAAAGCAUUGCUAUACCUCGAGAAUGAAACCACACAGAAUCACCAUACUUUUCUUGAAAUGGAGUGUCAUACUGAAGAAAGGAAAAGGGAGCUCAUUUGGGAAUCCUAUAAGAGGACUGUGGUUGAACCUCUUCUCAAACAUUUGAAGGAAGCAUUUAGAAGGACACCAGUGAAUGAGGAGUUCAUACAAAAGAUAUGUGGAAUAUUCGAUGUCAAUGCAUUUGAAAUUAGAGGUCCAGAUGGUAUUGAUUGUUUGAGAGCUAUUUAUCCAAGUGCGGCUCUAAUGGCACAUAGCUGCAUUGCUAACACCUUAGUGUCAGUAGACGAUUCUUUUCAAAUAAAAAUUUAUGCUACAAGAUUAAUAAGGAAGGAUGAACUAAUACAUUAUAAUUACACAAACCCAUUACUGGGAACCGCCGAAAGAAGAAAGCAAUUGGCUUUGGGAAAAUAUUUUGUUUGUGAAUGCAAACGCUGCGCAGAUCCUACAGAACUUGGUACCCAUAUGAGCUCAAUAGCAUGUCUAAACUGUAAGAAACUUGUAUCACCCUCAGAAACCGAACAGUGGUCUUGCGCGAAUUGUUCAAGCACAGUUCUUGCUCACGAUGUGAAAGAACUCUUGAAAGAAAUGGAUACAGAAAUAAGGGAUGCUGCGGGGGAUCUACGGUUAAUGGAAAUGUUGCUAAUGCGCUACUUACCUAGACUUAAUCCGUCGCACUAUAUCAUCAUUGAUUUGAAACAGAAUAUUGCUUCUAUAUUAAGAGAUAUUUGCAUGGAUCCAAUGAGUAAACCCGGAAGAAAAGUGCUGGAGCGAAAAAUACAGUUGUGUGAUGAUAUUAUACCGGUGCUGACGGUUGUGGAGCCAGGGAUCUCUCGAUUGGUUGCAAUUGCACUCUAUGAAAAAUUCAUCCCUAUGUUGGAAUUGGCUAGAAGAGAAUAUGAGACAGCCGAAAUAGGAGAUGUUUUAUAUCUGGAUCGACUAUAUGUCGUUGAAAGUAUUCUGCGUACCGCCAUUGAAAUGUUACUUUACGAGCAAGUUCAAAGUGCAGAGGGAAGACUUUUGAAGAAAGCAUUACGUGAAAUGGGCAGCUUGCGGAAAACUAUUUCAUAUAUUCAAAAUAAAAUACGCAAUGAAUAAGAAACAAAUUUUUAAUAAUUAUACAAAAAAUGGCAAAUAAAAGACUUAUAAAAGAAAAUAAUUUAUGUGAAUGACAAUAUAAAUAUUUGAUGCUUUAAUAAAUGA